GCUACUCUUCUCUAUAAUCACUCUAUGGCUAUUGGUUGUGGUUACAAGGGCUGCUCUAAUUUCUCAGAGCAUGCUAUUCUCUUCUUAAUCAUCUUAUUGUUUAGCACUAAAGCAUGCUCUGAUGAUCAUCCACAUGCAUCAAAGAGGAUCAACUGCUUGGAGAGUGAAAGAAGAGCUCUACUUGCCAUCAAGUCUGAUUUGUAUAACUCUGAGCACUGGCUAUCUUCUUGGAUCGAUUAUGAUUGUUGCAAGUGGAGGGGAGUUGCCUGUGAUAACACCACCAACCAUGUCAUAAGGCUUGAUCUUCAUUACCCACUUGAUCAAUAUGCUUCAUUUCCCAGCAAAAGUAAGGUAAAUCCUUCUUUGUUUGAACUAAAGCAUUUAAAAUAUCUUGAUUUAAGCUUCAACAACUUCUCAAUCCACGAGCUUAGUAUGAUUUCCUCGCUUAUCCAGCUGGAACAUCUUAACCUCUCCGAUGCCAUGUUUAAUGGAUUAAUUCCCCAGCAAUUAGGCAAUCUUUCUAACAUACGGUUCCUCGACCUUAGUUGUUGUAAUUUGUGUCCUUGGUAUCCUGGACUAUGGUCAAAUGACCUAAGUUGGCUCUCCCACUUAACUUCUCUAGAAUAUCUAGACAUGAGUUGUGUCAAUCUCUCUUUAGCAAAUAGUUGGAUUCACCAAAUUAAUUAUAAUAGCCUAGAACAUCUUGCUCUUUCAAAUUGUUUCCUUUCCUCUUGGACCGAUUAUGACUAUUGCAAGCGGAGAGGAGUUACCUGUGACAACACCACCGGCCAUGUCAUUAGGGACCUUCACCACCCAGAAUAUAAUUCAUAUUCAGAGGAAAGUAAUUUAAAUUCUUCUUUGCUUAAACUAAAGAAUUUAAAAUACUUGGAUUUAAGCUUCAACUACUUCGCAUCCCAAGUACCUAAUUUUUUUUUUUUAACGCUUGUCCAUCUGGAACAUCUUGACCUCUCCCAUGCCAUGAAUGGAUUAAUUCCUCAACAAUUAGGCAAUCUAUCUAACCUACGCUUCCUUGACCUUAGCUAUUGUUAUUGUGAUCCUACUCCACUAUGGUCAAUUGACGUAAGUUGGCUCUCCCACCUAACUUCUCUAGAAUAUCUAGACAUGAGCUGUGUCAAUCUCUCUAUGGCAACUAGUUGGCUUCACCAAAUUAAUUUUCAUAGUCUCAAACAUCUUGCUCUCUCAAAUUGUUGGCUACAAGAUGCAGCAGGCGCUGGCACAACUAUGACAGAAUUCAAUUCAUCAAGUAAUCAAAUAGAAGGAAAUAUUUUUGUGAAUGGCACUAGAAAAUUGAAGCACUUGGAUUUAGCUGGUAAUUUUUUAACAAAAAUUCCACUCAUUGUGGGAAGUCUUAUCCAUCUCAAGUAUCUAGAUUUGUCGAGCAAUGAUAUAAUUGGAGGGAUACCUUUGAGCAUGGGCAAUCUUAUUUGCUUGGAAUAUUUAGAUUUGCAACACAAUCAUAUCACUGGAGAGUUACCUUUGAGCAUGGGCAACUUCACUAGCUUGAUUCGUUUGGAUGUGUCAGAUAAUGGAUUUUUUGGACGCAUACCAGAUGCUUUGGGCAACCUCACUAGCUUGAUACGUUUGGAUGUGUCAGAUAAUGAAUUUUUUGGACGUAUACCAGAUGCUUUGGGCAACCUCACUAGCUUGGUAUAUUUGAAUAUGCGAUGGAAUGGGUUUUUUGGACAUAUACCGGAUGCUUUGGGCAACCUCACUAGCUUGAUACAUUUGGAUUUGUCAUCUAAUAAAUUUUAUGAAUGUAUACCAGAUGUUUUGGGUAAUCUCAUCAAUUUGAAGGAACUACACCUAUUUGAUAACAAUAUUUCUUGUCAAAUACCAGAAAACAUUGGCAGACUUCAUAAGUUGUCGGAUUUUGAUGCAUCAGGGAAUAACUUGAAUGGGCAGAUACCAUUGAGUUUUGGUGAUCUAUGCAACUUGAAGACUUUGAAUUUGUAUGAGAAUAAUAUUAGUGGAGAAUUAACAAAUCUAUUUGAUGGUUUGUCUAAAUGUCCACGAGGAUCCAAGUUACAGACCUUCAACAUUUUUGCUAAUAAGUUGAGCGGGUCAGUUCCUUUCAGUUUGGGACAAUUAGCUCAACUACGAUCCUUGGAUAUCUCAUCAAAUUCAUUACGGAACAACAUGACAGAUGCUCACUUUUCCAAGCUAACCAACUUAAUAUAUUUAGAUAUAUCUGAUAACUACUUGAAUUUGAUUUUAUCGGAUGAUUGGCUUCCUCCUUUUCAUGCUGAGGUGAUUGAUAUGAGCUAUUGUCGUUUGGGAACUAGAUUUCCUUUUUGGAUUCAAACGCAAAAAAAAUUGACAAAAUUAGUUUUAUCUGGAGUUGGACUUUACGGAAAUAUUUCAGGUUGGUUCGAUUUCAUUUUCAAUAAUUCAGUAUUUCAUCUUGACAUAAGCUCAAACAAUUUGAAUGGUCAGAUACCUUCUCGUCUAAGUACCUUUAUGGAUCUUUCAAAUAACUCCUUUGGUGGAACAAUUGCAUUGAGCUACACAAAAUUUGAAGUCCUUCAAGUAUUAAAGUUGUCUAAUAAUCAUAUCAGUGGUAGUUUGCCGGCCUUCUUUUGCAAUUUCACUAAUUUAAGGAUAUUACAACUAUCCAAUAAUUAUUUAUCGGGCAAAAUCCCAAACUGCCAUGGGUUAAAUCCAUUUAAUUUGAAUUCCCUGCACAUGAACAAUAACAAUUUGUCUGGGCCAUUUCCUCUUGUCUUAAGAAAUUCUAAAGUAUUAUUUGUUCUUGAUCUUGGUGGGAAUAGAUUUUCUGGUGAAAUACCAAAAUGGGUGGGAAGGAGCUUCCCAUUGCUAAAGAUUCUUCGUUUGAGCUCAAAUUCAUUCCAUGGUGCUAUUCCAAUGAGUAUAGUAAAUCUUUCUCUCCUCCAAAUUUUGGAUCUUUCAUCCAACAAACUUACUGGCAGUAUACCAUCCACCAUUGCAAAUUUUAGUUCUAUGCUUGUGAAACAAAACUACGGUGUUAGUUUGCAUUUUAGUGGUAACUAUUCUAUUUCUUUUGGAUGCCCAUCCUGUGACUAUUUCUCGAAUGGUGACAUGGAGUAUUUGCUCGAUGAUAACAUUAUAAUAACUGCAAAAGGGUCAACCAAUGAAUACACUACAACUCUCAGUGCAGUGGCAAGUAUAGACUUGUCAAACAAUGAGCUUUCUGGUGAAAUUCCAAAAGAGAUCACAGAGCUACAUGGAUUGUGCUUCCUCAACUUAUCCAAAAAUCAGUUGAUGGGAAGAAUUCCAGAAAAUAUUGGUGUCAUGUCAGAAUUGGAGUCUCUUGACUUGUCAAUGAACCGUCUCACAGGAGAAAUUCCUUUCAGCCUAUCUGCUUUAAACUUUCUCGAAUCCUUGAAUCUCUCUUACAACAACUUGUCAGGAAAAAUCCCAACAGGAGGUCAAUUGUCAACCUUCAAUGACUCGACCUUAUAUGUUGGCAACGAGGGCCUUUGUGGUGUGCCACUUCCAGAGUGUCCUACUGAUGACGCUAAUCAUUCACCAUCUCAAAUAAGAGAAAAUGAAGAAGGUGACAAGCUUGAAACAAUUCUGAAUUAUACCUUCAUUAUGAUGGGGUUCAUAGUUGGUUUUUGGGCAUAUUUUGGCAUGCUUAUCAUGAAAAAGUCGAUGAAGGUUACUCUCUUCCAGUUGGUGGACAAGAUGUAUGAUUGGAUGUAUGUGCAACUCAGGCUGAAGAUUGCAAAGCUGAAGUUGAAAUGGCAAAAAUGAACUUAAGCCCUUGAACUUUCAAGUAGUGAAGAGGGAUCACUUCCUUAUUAUUUAGUUGUGAAUGUUAUUGUGUAUGAAGACAGUGUGGUGUGAAUGUUAUUGUGUAUGAAGAAAGUGUGGUGUGAAGGUUGAAACAAUAAAAGCCUAAGCUAUAGCAUGGUGUAAUGAUGUUAUUCUAUGAUAUUUUUGCUCUACCAAAAAAAGAAAAUAAAUGUAAUUUGCUCUAUCCGAUCUCAUCACCCAUGGGAUAAGACUUCAUUGUUAUUAUUUA